AUCUGACCGGCAAACCUGUUCCACUUUUUAGUCCGAAAGAAAGUAAAGCAAGCGAAAGUAAAUCACCCCUAGAUCCGCUAACCGUCCACUCCACGAUCUCAGAUAAACUCUCCCUUUUUGACGAUGUCACCAACAAUUAGAAGCAUUCAUUGAAAAAAAUAUAUAUCCCACAAGAUUUGUUAUGACAGUCUCUGUAAAAAUACCUAGAGUUGUACUGAAGGCUUAUAACUUGAUUCAUUAUGCUAAUUAAUUAAUGAGAGGAUAUUGCUUGUUUAAUACUGAUAUUUAAGAUGGCCGAAAGGUUUGUAUCAAAGACAUCAUGCAUACUUUCCAUCAUCAUUUUUAUACUCUUAGUUUUAAGCGUUGGUUUGCUAGUGGUUCUUCUGAAAGGUAAGCAGCUCACUGAUUAUGACGAUGUACCUGAAUGGGCUUUCACUCACCCUCCAAGCCCCCACCAAUCUGAAACAAAAUCUCCAAAUGAUCAGCAAGAUUCAGCGGAUCAAACUACAGAACUGACCGAGACACCGUGGAAAAGAAUCAGGUUGCCCAAGUAUAUCACACCGAAUCAUUACGAUUUAUUAUUGCAGCCGAACUUGACGACCGACAUCUUCGUUGGAACUGUCAAUAUAAGCAUCACUGUCACACGAGAAACAAAAUAUUUUAUGGUUCAUGCUCACCUGUUGACUAUAAAAGAAGCUAAGGUAUACGAUAUCCAAAAAGAUGCGGAGCUUCAGUUGGAUGUUCAGUUUCCUUACCAUUCUAACCAAUAUUAUGUGUUACAAAUGGAACAAGAGGUGAAAGCAGGGAAAUAUAAACUGUAUUUCGACUUCAGUGGUCAUUUAAAUGGCUCUAUCGUUGGCUUUUACAAGAGCAGGUAUAAAAGCAAUAAUAAUGAAACAAGGUAUCUGGCCACUUCGAAAUUCCAGCCCACCUACGCCAGGCAAGCUUUUCCAUGCUUCGACGAGCCGAGCUUCAAAUCCACGUUUUCUGUCUCUUUGGUGCAUCAGAAGAAAUACCUGGCUCUCUCAAAUAUGCCUGCUGAGGUCACAGAAGCUAUUCCGAAUACAGAAUUAUACGUGACUCAUUUUCAAAAAUCAGUUCCCAUGGUGACAUACCUGUCAUGCUUCAUCAUCUGUGAUUUUAAGUACAAAGAAACUACUACCUCUUCAGGAAAACCGUUUCGUGUUUAUUCUGCCCCUGAUCUAGUGAACACAACUGAUUAUGCCUUGGAAGUGGGUUCCCGAGUGCUGGAUUACUUUGAAGAGUAUUUCAAAAUAGCUUAUCCUUUACCAAAAAUGGACAUGAUUGCUAUUCCCGAUUUUUCGUCCGGCGCCAUGGAGCACUGGGGUCUCAUCACAUACCGGGAGACAAAUUUGCUUUACGAUGCCGAGAAGUCCAGUCCUCAAAAUAAGCAAAGAAUCGCAGAUAUCAUUGCUCAUGAAAUGACGCACAUGUGGUUCGGUAAUCUGAUGACGAUGGAGUGGUGGGAUGACCUCUGGCUCAACGAAGGAUUCGCCAGCUACAUGGAAUAUAAAGGAGUCGAGCAUCAGCAUCCUGAGUGGAAUCCGACGACAAAAAUCAUCACUACUGAUUUGCAACCAGUAAUGAUUGCCGAUUCAUCGAUCAAUUCCCAUCCCAUCGUGCAGCAUGUUGGGCAUCCUGACGAAAUUACAGAAAUAUUUGACAGAAUUUCAUACGCGAAAGGAGCAUCUAUUCUUCGAAUGCUGGAAUUUUUCGUUGGUGAAAAGAAUUUCAGAACAGGAAUUUCAAACUUUUUGAAAAAGCACGAGUAUAAAAAUGCCAAAACUUCCGAUUUAUGGGAGGAGCUCUCGAAUGCUUGCGGGUAUCAGGGUAAUCGCAGCAUUUCCAGUAUCAUGAAAACGUGGACAGAGCAGAUGGGCUUCCCGUAUAUUACGAUAACAAGACGCCCAAAUUCCACUGUUUUCAUCGCCAAACAGAAGCCAUAUCUGAAGAACGCCGCCAUCCAGCCGGAACGAGUCGAGUCCAUUCACAAGUAUGUGUGGAGUAUUCCUCUGAGUUACAUGACGAGUAACGGAAAAAGUGGAAUUGUCUGGAUUCAUGAAGAAACAGAAACGAAAUUUGACCUGCCCAUCACGAAUUCGGAGUGGGUCAAGUUCAAUGUGAACCAGACCGGAUACUAUUUAGUUAAUUACGAAUCUCAUGACUGGAAAAUGCUAAUUGAACAACUACUGACCAAUCCCGAGGUUUUGACUCCUUCAGAUAGAUCCAAUUUACUAUUUGAUUCCUUCAUGCUUGCGCAAGCAGGCCACAUCGGGUUGGAUGUUUUCCUGUCCAUGAGCACUUACUUGAAGCGGGAAAUGAAUCUCACUCCCUGGCAGACCGCAUCAACCUGUUUCGGAAGCAUGGCGGAACUUUUGAAGAAUACUGAAGCUGAUCUGCUCUUCAAAAGUUAUGUGAGUGGACUUGUAGAUGAUGUAUACAAGACUCUGGGAUGGAAUUCAUCGAACGGUCAUACAGAAAACUUGCUGAGAACAACCGUCAUGAGUCUUGCUUGCAGUGCCGGUCAUGAAGAUUGUCUGGCCCAAGCUUCCGAGCGUUUCAAUGAAUGGAUGAAAGGGAAUGAGAUUUCGGUGCCUUUGAAAAAUGUCGUCUUCAAGUACGGAAUUUCUUCCACAAGCGUCGAGGAGAACUGGAAUUACAUGUGGAACAAGUACUUAACAGAGCAGUCGCCGACUCAGAAGAAGGCCUAUUUGACAAACCUUGGAAACGUCAAAAUACCUCAUCUUAUCACAAGGUAUCUGGAAUAUGCAAUGGACGAAACCAAAGUCCGCCGUCAAGAUUUCUUCACCGUUUUGAACUCCGAGAUGGAAAAUCCAGUCGGAAGACCGAUUGUGUGGAACUUCGUCAGAGAGAAAUGGCCUGCAUUAGUGGAGCGUUUCACUCUGAACAGUCGAUAUUUAGGAAAUUUUGUAAAUCGGAUAUGCAGUACAUUCACCACAGAGAGAGAAUUGCAGGAGAUGCAAGAAUUCUUCGCUAAGUAUCCUGAUGCUGGGGCUGGUAGAAGAGGGCGUCUUCAGGCGCUGGAGACUGUGCAAUAUAACAUUCACUGGAUCAAAACUCACGCAAGUGAAGUUGGCGAUUGGUUGCUCACUGAAAUCCCUUCUCCUUGGCGCUAUUAUCGUCUUCCGAACUAUAUCAUUCCAGAACAUUACGAUCUGACUCUCUAUCCUAUGUUAGACAAAGACAUAUUUAAUGGAACUGUGACCAUCACGGUAGCAUUGAGAAAGCCCAGUGAAUAUUUCUUGGUACAUUCGGAAAAAUUGAACAUCAGCCAGACAAAAAUUAUAUGUGAAGAGAAUUCCGAAAUGGUGGAUUUGGAAGAUGUAUUCGAGUACAAAGAAAACAACUUUUUGGUCUUGAAAGUGAAAAGGAAAUUACCUGUGGGAAAGUACAAACUGCAUUUCGAAUUCCAGGGCCCAUUUAUAUUGUCUUUGGAGGGACUGUAUAAGAGUUCAUAUGUUAAUCCUAACACAGGUGAAAGAAGGUACCUGGCCAGUACGCAGUUUGAAGCUGUUCAUGCAAGGAAGGCUUUCCCUUGUUUCGAUGAGCCGGCUUUCAGAAGCACCUUCACUGUUAGCGUCAUACACGACACCGACUACUUCGCUCUUUCGAAUACAAAGGCUGAGAAUACGAGUGAAAUAGGCAAUGGUCUUCUUUUGACGAAAUUUGAGAAAACAGUUCCAAUGGUAACAUAUCUGCUGUGCAUCGUCGUGUGUGACUUCAAAUUCAAAGAAACGGUUACGGACAAUGGGGUGAAACUCAGAGUUUAUACUGCUCCUCAUUACAUCGAGAAGACCAACUUCUCCCUAGAAGUGGCCAGCAAAGUUCUCUCGUGGUAUGAAAAGUACUUUGAUGUCCCCUUUCCACUCAAAAAGAUUGAUAUGAUAGCCGUCCCAGAUUUCGGUAGCAACGGCAUGGAGAAUUGGGGUUUGGUCACUUACUCAGAAGAGAGUCUCAUUUGCGAGAAGGAUUCAUCGGACGACUCAGUGACGCACAUCAUAGGUAUCAUAUCUCAUGAGCUAGCUCACAUGUGGUUUGGCGACCUCGUCACCAUGAAGUGGUGGAGCGAUCUCUGGCUGAAUGAAGGGUUCGCUACCUACAUGUCCACAAAGGGAAUGAAAUACGUAGAUUCUGAACGUGAUAAGGAAGGCGAGAUCCCCGCUUCAUUCCUGUUGUCAGCCAUGAAACAAGACCAAACCAUCAACUCUCACCCCAUCGUCCAGAUGGUCAUACAACCUAAUUCAGAAAUAUUCGAUUCCGUCACUUACGACAAGGGAGCUACCGUAUUGAGAAUGCUAGAAGGUUACAUGGGUGAAGAUUUCAGAGAAGGCGUUUCUACAUACUUGAAGAAGUAUUCGUUCAAGAAUACUGUAACAAAAGAUUUAUGGGACGAACUAUCAGCAGCAUCGAAACAGAACUUGAAUGUUGCCGCAUUAAUGGACACAUGGACAAAGCAGAUGAAUCAUCCUUUUCUGACAUUCGAAAGGAAAGACAACAGCAGUAACCAAUUCACUAUCCAACAGCGUCGGUUUCUCAUCAACCCUACGACUGAGGUGUUUGCGAAGACAGAUUCACCAUUUAAUUAUGUUUGGCAGAUCCCUCUAACGUACCAUACUUCUGAAAGCCAUGAAAUUUCUCACAUGUUUCUGAAUUCAUCUGAUAAAGUUACUUUCAGUGCUCCACCAGCAAAGUGGAUAAAAUUCAACACCAAUUUCACUGGAUACUAUUUAGUCGAUUAUGACAAGAAAGGCUGGCAGAUCUUCAUUGAUGAACUGAGAAAUAAUCACAGGGUUUUCAGUCCAUCCGACCGGCUUAAUCUGUUGUUCGACGCCUUCACACUGGCGUCUGCCGGAUACCUGGGGUAUGAAAUGCCGCUGAACAUGAGUCGCUACUUGAAGAAGGAAAAUUAUCACGCCGUUUGGAAAACAGCACUGGAGGAACUCAGGCACAUCAAGUGGCUUUUCAGGGGAGACAAGGAAACUGAGAAAAUAUUGCUAGAAUAUGUGAGAACACUAAGCAAAGAUCUUUACAAAAAAUAUACCUGGAAUGAAAAAGAUUCUGAUGACUAUUCAGACAGGAAACUGAGGAAAAUUUUGAUCAAGGCUGCUUGUGCAAGUGAAAAUCAAGACUGCUUGCAAACUGCAAAUCGACUGUUUGGCGAGUGGAUGAAAGGAGCCAAUCUUAGUUCUGAAAUUAAAGAAAUGGUUUUUGUAUUUGGAUUUCGUGUCCGUAAUAAUGAGGAAGCUUGGAAAUUUAUGUGGCAGAGAUACUUGGGAGAAAGCGAUCUCUAUGAGAAAAAAUGUAUUUUGUACGCUCUGACAACUACAGCAAACACGACUCAUUUGGAAAGAUUGAUGAACGAAGCUAAGAAUGAAAGCCAAGUCCGAAAACAUGAUUACUUAUCUGUGAUGGAAUCAAUUGCCCAGAAUCCGAAAGGUUUUGCGUUGAUCACUCGCCUUAUAUAUAAUAACUGGACUCAUCUCGUCACGACCUACGGUGCUCUUGAUGCUUCGUUUUUCGCAAGUAACGUUUUCUCCAAGUAUACAAGCGUCAGGCAUUUGGAACAGGUGCGGUCAUUUUAUCAAAAAAAUGAUAGAAGUAAAGAAGGUUCCAAGUCCCGAAUCUUAGCAAUCGAGCAGAUUAACAGCAACAUCAAGUGGAUAAAGAACAAUCGAGACUACGUCAAAAAAUGGUUCGAUGACAACGUCUACAUGCCCUGGAGGAAUGUCAGAUUGCCAAAUUUCACAUUUCCCAUCAGAUACGAUAUAACAUUGCAUCCAAACUUGACCAAGCUAACAUUUGUCGGUGAGGAAACCAUCGAGUUCAAUCUGACUGAAGACACCGAUUACAUAGUUGUGCACGAAAGUGGACUGAAUGUCACUGAAGCAGUUGUGAAAAGUCUGGAUAAGGGCAAAGACUUGUCCAUUGAUGAAGUAUUCCCAUACAAAAGAAACGAAGUUUUUGUCAUUCGGUUUAAAAACACGAUACCAAAAGGAUCUUAUUCAUUGAAGUUGGUAUUUUCCGGUAAAUUUUCUUCCGAUGGGAAAGGUGUUGGAAGAUACCAAUAUAUUCACCGAGAAACAAAGGAGAUAAGGUAUCUCUUGGCCACUCAAUUCGAAGCGACAUACGCGAGAAAAGUGUUCCCCUGCUUUGAUGAACCUGCGAUGAAAGCGAAAUUCAGACUUAGUAUCAUCCACGAUCUCGCUCAAAGUGCAGUAUCGAAUAUGCCAGAAGAGAAGCGGGAGCCAGUAGAAAGUAACUUAGUCAAAACAGUAUUUAUGGAAUCUGCUACCAUGUCUACGUACAUUCUUUUCUUCGCUGUGUCCGAUCUUGAAUCAACCGAGGCGUUUCACAAGCAGACAUUAGUUAGAGUGUUUGCUCCUGCUGAUCGCUUACAUGAAACCUACCAUGGAUUGAAUCUGACGAUGAAUCUUUUGAAAAACUUCGAAGAAUACUUCGAUGUUCCUUACUCUCUUCCUAAGCUCGAUUCUGUUGUAAUUGUCAAUUAUUCAGUGCCGGCCAUGGAACACUGGGGUGUCAUUUCGUACAAUGACAAGAGAUUCCUCGUCGAUGAAAACCUGAGCGAAUACCGGAGAAUUGUUGAAAUAGAUCGUGUGAUUGCCCAUGAACUCGUUCACCAGUGGUUCGGAAAUUUGGUGACGAUGAACUGGUGGAACGAUCUCUGGUUGAACGAAGGCUUGUCCACUCUCAUCAUGUACAUUCCUCUCAAACAGUACUACGCUGCAGCCAUCGACGGGGUGGACGUCAGGAAGAUCUCUAGAGUAAUGUGUGUGGAUUCGAAUACGGAUUCUCAUCCGGUGGUGCGUAGAGUCACCACUCCAGAUGAAAUAGCUAAUGCCUUCGAUGCCAUCUCUUACGAGAAAGGCAGUGCAGUUUUAAAAAUGCUUCAGUACACACUAAAAGAUGAUUUCCGAAAAGGGCUUUCAAACUACCUGAAGAGGUAUGCCUAUAGGAAUGCAGAAACUGAAGACCUCUGGCGAGAACUUUCUGAAGCAUCAACCGAAAAAAUAAAUGUGUCCGAAAUCAUGAGCACCUGGAUCGACCAGAUGGGCUUUCCUUACAUUGAGCUCAAGAGAGAUGGAGACUCGCUGGCGGCCACCCAGCGCUGGUUCGUCAGAGAUGUGAACGAUACAGUGGCCGAACUCAUUGCUGCCAAACCAAACUAUAGUCCAUUUGGGUUCGUCUGGCAAAUACCUCUAAUUUAUAAAAAUCUGCGGACAGGAGAAGAACAUACCUUGUGGUUGAAGGAGAAAAAUGCUACCUUCAAGAUAGACGCCGCCAAAGAUGACGUCAUCCAUUUCAAUCCAGGAUUCGUUGGAUUUUACAUCGUCAAGUACGAUUUGCACGAUUGGGCAAGGCUUGGAAAAAGAGUACUGAACAACCAUACGGAUUUCACUGCAACUGACCGCUACAGUCUGCUGCAUGACGCAUUUUUAUUGGCCGAAACGGAUCGCCUAAUUUAUGACAUUCCUUUCGAAUUCACCAAAUAUCUGAAGCAAGAGAAAGAGGCGAUGCCCUGGAAUCUGUUCCGAGAUCAGUUCUUGUAUUUUAUGAGCCAUCUGGAUCCACACUCCGAAACUGCUAAUUUACUGAAGCUUUACGUUGCUGAUUUAACAUCAGCGUUAUAUGAUGAACAUAUAGUACCUCGUACGGAGCAACUAAAAAGUUCCUUCAAGAAGUGGAAGAGUAAUAUCAUCAGCUGUUCCUACACCGUACCUGAUUUAGACUUUUUAUCUAUCAUCAUCGACUUGGCAUGCCGCACCUUAAAUGAAAAAUGCCUGCAAGUUUUGCAAAACGAACUUCGUUUGUGGAUGGCGGGUCAAAACAUCACGUCGGAUAUCCAUUUAAUUUUCGAACUGGCUGUUCCACGAUUUGGAGACGGGUCUCUCUGGGAAUUCCUCUAUACGCAGAUGAAGGAGAGCGGAACGGAUCAUAAUCGUCGGAAUCUGAUGGCAGAGGGGCUCACAAGCUUUCGUGCAACGCUUUACAUCGAGAGGACAACUGACAUAAUGUUAAAUGAUCCAGAAAUUGACACCAAAUUGGCGAAGUAUAUGUUCCAGAAGCUCAUCGACAACAUUGAAGCUAUGCCCCAUCUUUGGAACUACACAAAGAACAAUUGGGAAUUUGUAAUGAGCAGAUUAAACGCUACAGAUAAUGCAUCGUUUUGGGUUUCUACAUUUUGUCAGAAAUUCAGAACAAAAGAACAGCUGGAAGACUUCAGCCUGUUCCUGCAGCAAGUCCCUCAUGUGAGUGAGUACAUAGUGAGAGGCUGCAAUCAGGACAUUCGGGAUGCAGUCGAGUGGUCGGAAAAAUAUGAAGAGACAAUAAACACGUGGCUUGUGUGGAAUGUUAGACAAUAGUACCAGUGAUUAGUAUGUCGUAGUAAAUAUCUUCAUGAGAAUAAUUUUAAUGCAUUGGUUGUUUUUUUAAUAAAAUCUGUUGAGAAACCAUUUCUUGCUGA